AUGGAAAUAUCAACAUUAGAAUCAAGUCUACCAAAUGAAUUGUUUGACUUCAUUUUUCUCUAUUUAAAAUCUAUUGAUAUUAUUUAUUCAUUUUUCAAUUUAAAUCAUCGCUUUAAUAAUCUUAUUUAUCCAUUUUUAUGCGCAAUAGAUUUAUCCAAUGUCGAUGAAUGUACGUUGAAGAAGUAUUGUCGAACAAUUUUACCAAAAAUUCAUCAUUAUAUCAAAGCAAUUAGAGUUGAUGAUAAAAACAUUAACGCUGUUUUUCCAUUAUUUUUAUACUCUAAAAUAUAUCCGAAUCUUGAAUCAGUUUUUAUAACGGAAGCUAAAACGGAUGGCAAACAUUUAUUAUAUUUAAAAUUGUUUAAACAAUUAUUAAAUUUAAAAAUUUAUUUUGAUACAGAACAACAUAAUGAAACUGUAUUAAUUGAAUCAUGUUCAAAUCUAUUUCAAUCUGGUUGUCGAUUACAAACAUUAGUUUUUGAUAAUGUUUAUGUACCCAUCAAUACUCAUAUCAUUGAACGAUGUUUUUCUAUUAGAAAAUUAACAAUAAAAGUACAUUGUUGCGAUAAUGUGUAUGUUCUAUUAAACAACUUACCUUCAAUCGAAUAUGUAACUAUUGACAUACCCUAUAUUCGACAACAAGAGCAGCAGCCAGAACAAGAACAAAAUGGCGUCCAAUUUAAUAAUAAUAAUAAAAGUGUUCCCUCGACAUUAUCAAAAUUAAGAUAUUUUGUAUUCUCUUCCAUGUCUGUUGUUAAUUAUGAUUAUUUAGAACUGUUAUUAUCUCACUGUUGCUUUAAUCUGGAACACUUAUCAUUGGAUUUAUGUAUUGAUCAAUUUAUUGAUGGUGAACGUUUCGAAAAGAAGUUAUUAUCAAAACUAACAAAAUUGGAAGUAUUUCAUUUUUGUUUUCUGAUUCCAGCUGUCGAUAACAAAUUAAACAUAGACGAUUAUAUCCAAACAUUCAAAUCGACUUAUUGGAUUAAUAAUAAUCAUUCGAUCUUAUGUUUUAAUCAAUCGCUGCUCAAUCAGUAUUAUUGUGUAUUUUCAUUACCCUAUGUGUUCCAUACGUUCCCUUGUUUUUCAAAUGAUCUAAUUAAUUAUCGAACAAAUGUCAAUGAUGACAGUUUGUUAUACAGUAAACAAAACAAAGCGAUAGAAAUUUCUUUAUAUGAUACUGUUCCGUAUACUUUAGAAUUAUUCCAGAUUAUCCAAAAAUCAUUUUUAAGAGCAAGUGAACUAAUUUUUGUAGACGCUCCUGUUCGUUGUUUAAGUGAUAAUUUACUGAAUAAUGAAUUGAUGAUGGAAAACAUCGUCUCAGUGACCUUUCUAUUCGAUCAAUUAGAAUUUGAACAUUUCAGACGGCUAUUAUUAAUGACACCAAACAUUCUAAGGUUACGCAUACCACAGAGGUUAUUGUUGGAUGUAUUGAGAAAUUCAAAAGACUCUUCUUUUCAACAAUUACGAUCAAUAUGUAAUCGGAUAAGAUAUGUCGGUAUUGGGAGUCGUUCACUUGAAUUCGAUGUUUUAAUUUCAUUUCAAUCACAAGAACGUUGGUCACAAGUAAGAGACCGAUCGAAUACGUACAUUGGUUUUCAUAGCACGAGUCCUGAAGCCUGUGUUAAUAUUGCCCAUAGUGAUAUGCGUAUCAGCCGUACGCCACCGCAGAUGUUAGGCUAUGGAAUUUAUUUUGCUCGUUCAAUUGAAAAUACCGGGGCAAAGCACGUUUUGGUGGCGCUAUGA